AUGGCAGCUUCGCCCGUCAAUUUCCUCUUCUUUUUCUUGGUCAUUUGCAUCACAUUGUGGCUCUUCUUCAUGUUGCUGGCUUGGAUUUUGAGCCGUGUAGUGGGAGCAUCUAUCAGAUUUCGGUUUGGAGGGUGGAAAUGUAUAAGGGAUCUCGUGGUGGAGUUUAAAAAGGGUGCUGUUGAAUCUGUUUCUGUCGGUGAAAUUAAACUCAGCUUACGUCAGUCCCUGGUCAAACUAUUUGGUUUUAUUUCUAAAGACCCUAAGCUGCAAGUGUUAAUAUGUGACUUAGAAGUUGUAAUGAGGCCUUCAAAUAGAAGUACGCCAAAGGCUAAAUCUCGAAGGGAUCCAUCUCGAAGACCCCGUAAGUCAGGCCGAGGAAAGUGGAUGAUGGUUGUGGCUAAUAUUGCAAGAUAUUUGUCGGUUUCCAUCACAGAUUUGGUUUUGAAGAUGCCCAAAGCAUCUGUUGAGGUUAAGGAACUGAAAGUGGACAUAUCUAAAGAUGGCCAAUCCAAGCAAAAUCUUAUUGUUAAGCUACAGAUAUCACCUAUUGUUGUUCAGAGGAGUGAACCACGGGUUAGUUGUGACCAGUUAUCCAAUUUUUGCACUGGAGGAUCCCUUUCUGCAAGCCAGUCAUCAUCUUCCAUGAUGGACAGGUCGUCUGCACUUUUUAUCUGUGAAGAUUUCGCCCUCUCUUGUGAAUUUGGUCAUGAUAGGGAAGUUGGUGUAAUUAUCAAGAAUGUGGACGUUGCCUGUGGAGAGAUUUCUGUGAACCUUAAUGAGGAGCUGCUUUCGAAAAGCAAAAGUUCAUCACACACUUCUUCUCAACCUGAUACGGCUAUAGGGUCGACUAUUGAUUCUGUUGCUUCAAAAAAGCCACACAAAAAACAACAAAUGAUUGCUACACUCUCAAAAUACACCUCUUUAUGUCCAGAAAAGGUUUCCUUCAGUUUACCAAAAUUGGACGUGAGAUUUGUACAUCGGGAAUAUGAUCUAUCUGUUGAGAAUAACAUCAUGGGCAUCCAAUUAAAAAGCAUCAAAUCACAAUCAAGUGAAGAUGUGGGGGAAACUACACGCCUUGAUGUUCAAUUGGAUUUCAGUGAGAUUCAUCUGCUUAGAGAAGCUGGCACUUCUGUUUUGGAGAUACUGAAAGUUGAUGUUGCCUCAUUAUUUUACAUUCCAAUACAGCCAACCUCGCCUAUUAGAGCUGAAAUUGAUGUAAAGCUGGGAGGCACUCAAUGCAAUGUUAUAAUGAAUAGAUUAAAGCCGUGGUUGCGCCUCCAUUUUUCAAAAAAGAAAAGAAUGGUGCUUCGGGAGGAAACUUCAACUCUUGAGAAGCCACCACCAACUGAUACUAAAGCCAUCAUGUGGACGUGUACUGUUUCAGCUCCUGAGAUGACUAUUGUGCUUUAUAGUAUCAGUGGUUUGCCUUUGUAUCAUGGUUGCUCUCAAUCAUCGCAUGUAUUUGCAAAUAACAUUUCAAAUACAGGAACUACUGUACAUAUGGAACUUGGUGAACUAAAUUUGCACAUGGCAGAUGAAUACCAAGAAUGCUUGAAAGAGAGCCUUUUUGGUGUAGAAUUGAAUUCAGGUUCUUUAAUUAAUGUUGCAAAGGUUAGUCUAGAUUGGGGCAAAAAGGACAUGGAAUCAUCUGAAGAAGAUGGUCCUAAAAGUAAAUUGGUUUUAUCUGUUGAUGUGACUGGUAUGGGUGUCUUUUUCACAUUCAAGCGUGUUGAGUCGCUUAUAUCAACUGCCAUGUCCUUUCAAGCACUUUUGAAAAAUAUGUCUUCUUCUGAAAGAAGAACAUCACAAAGCCGGGGGCGUUCCUCCAAGUCAUCAGGGAAAGGGACUCGGCUGUUGAAAUUAAAUCUUGAAAGGUGUUCUGUGAAAUAUUGUGGUGAGGCGGGUUUAGAAAAUACUGUUGUUGCAGAUCCCAAGCGUGUAAAUUAUGGAUCACAGGGUGGUCGAGUUGUAAUAAGUACCUCAGAUGAUGGAACAACCCGGGUUGCAGAUGUAAUGUCCACAAUAUCUGAUAAGCACAAGAACUUGAGGUACUCCAUUUCUCUUGACAUCUUCCAUUUAAGUUUGUGUGUGAACAAGGAGAAACAGUCCACACAGAUUGAACUUGAAAGAGCGAGAUCUGUCUAUCAGGACCACUUGGAGGAACAUAAGCCGGAAAUGAAAGUGGCAUUGUUUGACAUGCAGAAUGCUAAAUUUGUACGGCGUUCUGGUGGUCUUAAGGAGGUUGCUGUCUGCUCUCUUUUCAGUGCUACUGAUAUUACGGUUAGGUGGGAGCCUGAUGUACAAUUAUCACUAGUUGAACUUGUGCUACAAUUGAAGUUACUUGUACAUAAUCAGAAGCUUCAGGGACAUGGUAAUGAACAUAUGGAAGAUGUCAUGAGAGGUUCUGAACAGAAGAAAGAAGCCUUUGCAGAACCAGUAAAUUUAGAAAAGCACAAGAAAAAGGAAUCUAUUUUUGCUGUCGAUGUGGAAAUGUUGUCUAUUUAUGCCGAGGUUGGGGAUGGGGUUGAUGCAAUGGUUCAGGUACAAUCAAUUUUUUCUGAGAAUGCCCGUAUAGGAGUACUUCUUGAAGGGCUUAUGCUUUGUUUCAAUGGGUCCAGAGUAUUCAAGAGUAGCCGGAUGCAAAUUUCACGUAUUCCUAGUGCCUCAUGUCCAUCUGAUGCAAAAGUACCUAUAUCUACAACGUGGGAUUGGGUAAUUCAAGGCCUUGAUGUUCAUAUUUGCUUGCCAUACAGGUUACAAUUGCGCGCUAUUGAUGAUUCUGUUGAAGAAAUGUUGCGCGCUUUGAAGCUUGUAAUUGCUGCUAGAACUAGUGUUAUCUUUCCCGUGAAGAAGGAUACCUCAAAACCUAAGAAGCCUAGUUCAAUAAAGUUUGGCUGUCUAAAGUUCUGCAUACGAAAGAUAACUGCUGAUAUUGAAGAAGAACCACUGCAAGGCUGGCUGGAUGAACACUAUCAGCUGAUGAAGAAUGAGGCAUCUGAGUUAGCUGUUAGGUUGAAAUUUCUUGAUGAAUUUGUUUCCAAAGUCAAUCAGUUUCCUAAAACCACUGAAACAAUUGAUUCUACUCAAGAAAGAAAGACUUUUCUUAAUGGAGUUGAGAUUGACGUCCAAGAUCCUUCCGCAGUUAGCAAGAUGCAAGGAGAAAUCUAUAAACAAUCAUUCAGAUCAUAUUACAAGGCAUGCCAGAAUCUAGCACCAUCAGAAGGUUCAGGUGCCUGUAGGGAAGGGUUUCAGGCUGGUUUUAAGCCAAGUACUUCCAGAAAUUCUCUUCUUUCCAUAACAGCAAGAGAUUUGGAUGUAAGCUUGACAAGGAUUGAUGGUGGAGAUGAUGGGAUGAUAGAGGUUAUAAAGACGCUGGAUCCUGUUUGUCGUGACAAUGAUAUACCAUUUUCUCGACUGUAUGGGAGUAAUCUUCUCGUGCAUGCAGGCUCUGUUGUCGUGCAGCUACGUGACUAUGCAUCUCCUCUUUUGUGUGGUACUUCCGUUAAAUGUGAAGGCCGUCUUGUGCUAGCACAACAGGCAACAAGUUUUCAGCCUCAAAUACACAAAGAAGUUUAUAUUGGGAGAUGGAGAAAGGUGAACUUGCUUCGUUCUGCUAGUGGCACAACUCCACCCAUGAAAACAUUUACAGAUUUGUCCGUACAUUUUCAGAAAGCAGAAGUGUCCUUUGGAGUGGGAUAUGAACCCGCUUUUGCUGAUGUGAGUUAUGCUUUUACUGUGGCUCUUCGCAGGGCUAAUCUAUGUGUUAGGAACCCCAAUCCACCACCCAUUCCCCCCAAAAAGGAAAAGAACUUACCAUGGUGGGAUGAUAUGAGGAAUUAUAUUCAUGGGAACAUCAACUUAUUAUUUUCUGAAACAAUAUUUAAUAUUCUUGCGACUACUGAUCCUUAUGAAAAGCUUGACAAACUUCAAGUAAUAACUGGUUCUAUGGAGAUUCAGCAGUCAGAUGGCCGUGUUUAUGUUUCUGCAAAUGAUUUUAAGAUUUUCUUAAGCAGUUUAGAGAGUUUGGCAAAUAGUCGUGGUUUAAAACUUCCUAAAGGUAUAUCCGGUGCAUUGCUAGAAGCUCCAGCCUUUACAGUUGAAGUUACGAUAGGUUGGGAAUGUGAAUCUGGCAAUCCCAUGAAUCAUUAUUUAUUUGCUUUUCCUGUUGAAGGAAGAGCUCGUGAAAAGGUUUUUGAUCCAUUCAGAUCAACCUCUCUGUCCCUUCGCUGGACUUUUUCUCUUAGACCCUCUCCCUCACGUGAGAAACAAGGCCUCUAUUCUACUGAGGCAGGUAGUACUGAUGUAGAUGGAACUGUUUAUGGUCCUCCUCAUAAAGAUGACAAUGUUCCCAUUCUUUCACCGACAGUGAAUGUUGGUGCUCAUGAUCUAGCAUGGUUGAUAAAAUUUUGGAACAUGAAUUAUCUCCCUCCUCACAAAUUGCGGUCCUUUGCUCGCUGGCCUCGUUUUGGAGUUCCAAGAAUUCCUAGAUCUGGUAACUUGUCGUUGGACAGAGUGAUGACUGAAUUUAUGCUCCGGAUUGAUGCUGCACCUACUUGUAUAAAGCACAUGCCGCUAGAUGAUGAUGAUCCAGCUAAAGGACUGACAUUCAAGAUGACAAAGCUGAAAUGUGAAAUGUGUUAUAGUCGUGGUAAGCAAAAGUAUACUUUUGAAUGCAAGCGUGACCCCCUUGAUCUUGUUUACCAGUGUUUCGACCUUCAUAUGCCUAAGGCAUUUUUAAAUAAAGAAGAAAGCACUAGUGUUGCAAAGGUAGUUCAAAUGACAAUAAAAAAUUCACAAUCUGCAUCUGCGGAUAGAGUUCCCAAUGAAAAAAGUAACAAUGUGAGUAGCUGCACAGAGAAGCAUCGUGAUGAUGGAUUUCUAUUGUCAUCUGAUUAUUUCACAAUCAGAAGGCAGGCCCCAAAAGCUGACCCAUCUAGGUUAUUAGCCUGGCAAGAGGCUGGAAGAAGAGAUCUAGAGAUGACAUAUGUGAGGUCUGAGUUUGAAAACGGGAGUGAGAGUGAUGAGCAUACACGAUCUGAUCAUAGUGAUGAUGAUGGAUACAAUGUGGUAAUAGCUGACAAUUGUCAGCGUAUAUUUGUUUAUGGUCUCAAGCUUUUGUGGACUAUUGAGAAUAGAGAUGCUGUUUGGUCCUUUGUUGGUGGUUUAUCCAAAGCAUUUCAGCCACCAAAACCUUCUCCUUCUAGGCAAUAUGCACAAAGGAAAUUACAUGAGGAGCACCAGGCACAUAGUGGAGGUGAAAGGCAACAAGAUGGUAGCUCUAAGCCCCCUACUACCAGCCAUGGGGUUACUUCUUCUACUGUCGAGCAUGCAGAGACCUCUGGUUCACUUUUAUCUCCAUCACAUCCAGUUAAAUUGGAGAACUCAUCAUCUGCCACUGAGAACUCAUCAUCUGCUGCAGUUGGGAACUCGUCAUCUGUUGCAUCUGGGAACUCAUCAUCAUCUGUUUCAGUUGGGAACUCAUCAUCAUCUGUUGCAGUUGCAAAGAAUAGAGACACAAGUGAUUCUGAGGAGGAUGGGACUCGGCAUUUCAUGGUGAAUGUUAUUGAGCCUCAAUUUAAUCUUCAUUCAGAAGAUGCCAAUGGAAGAUUUCUGCUUGCUGCUGUUAGUGGCCGGGUUUUGGCCCGGUCAUUUCAUUCUGUCCUUCAUGUUGGCUAUGAGGUGAUUGAGCAAGCACUUGGUACUGGGAAAGUAAAUAUUCCUGAAUGUGAACCUGAAAUGACAUGGAAACGCAUGGAGUUUUCUGUAAUGUUGGAGCAUGUUCAAGCUCAUGUUGCACCAACUGAUGUUGAUCCAGGGGCUGGAUUGCAGUGGCUUCCAAAAAUUCGUAGAAGCUCUCCAAAAGUAAAACGUACUGGUGCAUUACUUGAGAGAGUAUUUAUGCCCUGUGAUAUGUACUUCAGGUACACAAGGCACAAAGGUGGAACUCCAGAGUUAAAGGUGAAGCCCUUGAAAGAGCUGACUUUCAAUUCCCAUAAUAUUACGGCAACAAUGACCUCUCGCCAGUUUCAGGUUAUGCUGGAUGUGUUGACAAAUCUUCUCUUUGCACGGCUUCCCAAGCCUCGAAAAAGUAGUCUGUCACUUCCUGCUGAAGAUGAUGAAGAUGUGGAGGAAGAGGCAGAUGAGGUGGUUCCCGAUGGUGUUGAAGAGGUAGAGCUUGCAAAAGUGGACCUUGAGCAGAAAGAGCGGGAGCAGAAAUUGAUUCUUGGUGAUAUACGGAAAUUGUCUCUUCGGUGUGAUACCACUGGAGACCUAUAUCCAGAAAAGGAAGGGGACUUGUGGAUGAUAAAUUGUACAAGAUCCACUCUGGUGCAAGGACUAAAAAGAGAGCUUGUUAAUUCAAAAAAAUCAAGGAAAGCAUCAUAUGCAUCUUUAAGAAUGGCUCUACAUAAGGCUGCACAGCUACGGCUGAUGGAAAAGGAGAAGAACAAAAGUCCAUCAUAUGCUAUGCGCAUUUCUUUGCAAAUUAACAAAGUGGUUUGGAGCAUGCUUGUUGAUGGUAAAUCGUUUGCGGAGGCUGAGAUCAAUGACAUGAUUUAUGACUUUGACCGGGAUUACAAGGAUGUUGGCGUUGCUCAGUUUACAACGAAAAAUUUUGUUGUCAGAAACUGCCUGGCAAAUGCCAAGUCAGAUAUGCUUUUAUCAGCAUGGAAUCCUCCUCCUGAAUGGGGAAAGAAAGUUAUGCUUCGCGUGGAUGCAAAGCAGGGAGCUCCCAAGGAUGGAAAUUCUCCUCUUGAACUUUUUCAGGUAGAGAUUUACCCUCUCAAGAUCCAUUUAACAGAGACAAUGUACAGAAUGAUGUGGGGAUAUUUAUUCCCAGAAGAAGAACAAGAUUCACAGAGACGGCAGGAAGUUUGGAAGGUUUCAACAACCGCUGGUGCAAAACGCGUGAAGAAAGGCUCUUUAAUCCAGGACACUUAUGCUUCAAGCAGUCAGACAAUUAAAGAGUCUGAGGCCGCAUCCAAAUCAAGUGCCUUUGCCCCUCCUACCAGUCAAUCCUCUGUUCAUGCAGAUUCUGUGCAAGAAUCAAAAUUGCAAAACCUAAAAGCAACAAUUGUUAGUAGUCCAACCCGAGAAUUGAGAAGAACAUCUUCCUUUGACAGAUCAUGGGAAGAGACUGUGGCAGAAUCAGUUGCUACAGAACUUGUCUUACAGAGCAUUACUGGGCCACUUGGUUCUGGUGAACCAGAUGAGUCGUCAAAGAAUAAAUUCAAAGAACCCAAAGCUAUCAAAUCUGGCAGGUCAUCCCAUGAAGAAAAGAAGGUGGCAAAGUCACAGGAAGAGAAAAGAUCCAGGCCUCGGAAGAUGAUGGAGUUCCACAAUAUCAAGAUAAGCCAGGUUGAGCUAUGUGUUACUUAUGAAGGAUCGAGAUUUGUUGUAAAUGAUCUUAAGUUGCUAAUGGAUACAUUUCACCGUGUUGAGUUCACUGGUACUUGGCGCAGACUCUUUUCACGGGUUAAGAAACAUAUCAUUUGGGGAGUCUUGAAGUCUGUGACAGGAAUGCAGGGUAAGAAGUUCAAAGACAAGGCUAAUAGUCAGAGGGAACCCAGUGGAUCUGGUGUUCCCGAUAGUGACCUUAAUUUCAGCGACAAUGAAGGUCAGCCAGGACAACCUGACCAGCAUCCAAUAACCUUUCUCAAGCGUCCUAGUGAUGGAGCAGGUGAUGGAUUUGUCACUUCCAUUAGAGGCCUUUUCAAUACUCAACGACGCAAGGCCAAGGCGUUCGUCCUGCGGACCAUGAGGGGUGAAGCAGAGAAUGAUUUCCAAGGAGAUUGGAGUGAAAGCGAUGUAGAGUUCUCUCCAUUUGCUAGGCAGCUUACUAUAACAAAAGCUAAGAGACUUAUCAGGCGCCACACAAAAAAGUUCCGUUCAAGAAAAGGUUCGUCCUCCCAACAGAGAGAUUCACUUCCAUCAUCUCCGAGGGAGACCACUGCAUUCGAGAGUGAUUCUUCCAGUGGUGAAUCCUCACCCUACGAGGAUUUUAAUGAGGGAAGCAUUAUGGCCUCCAAAGAUAUUCCUUGA